UCGUUCAGUUGCAAGCCGGUGCGGACGUUCUUUUGUUGGGUGUGUGUUGUGCUGGACAGAGUGGCCAAAACAAGUUCAAUUCGGGAGAUUUUUAUUAAUUGGACCAUUUUUGUGGACUUUUUUGCCCCUCAGAGUGCUGUGAGUGCCCCAAAAUGCCCCAGUAGGGUCUACAGUGGUUGUGUGAGGUGAAAAUUUGUGGGAAAAAUGCGGAAAAUAAGCUACAAAGGAGCGACAUUGUUUACCAUCGUACUGUCGGCGUUUCUUUCACCAGGAGUUGCCGGUGAGUCGAGAUUUACCGAAUUACCAGGGAGUCUCGUAAUUCCCGAAGGUCUUCCUGCUGUAUUUAAGUGUCGUGCCACCACAGUGGACCACAUAAGCUAUUCUUGGACACACAAUGGAAUUUUGGUGAAAAAUUCAUCGUGGAUUGCUGAAAAUGAUGGUGUUCUAUCCAUCAAGGCUGUGGAUCAUGUGAGAGAUCCUGGUGAUUAUGUGUGCAUUGUGCAGAAUGUGGUGACUGGUGCUAGGGAAGCAACACCACCAGCAACAUUGGAUGUUGUCUGGCUCCAAUCUGUGGCUGUUCAACUUGCCUCCCCAACCGUGCAAGAGGGAGAAGAUGUGACACUGAAAUGCAUCAUUCAGGGCAGUAGUGGUGAUCACAUUCGCAUUGAAUGGUUCAGGAAUGGCGUUAAGCUUGCAAAGGAACCGAAAAAGUAUGAUUUUUCCCGGCGAAAGCUCCACAUUCGCAAUGCAACACAUCAAGACAAUGGGGUGUAUCGAUGUGCUGGCCACAGUGAGGCUGGGAAUGUCUUCAGCCGAAGGAAUUUUCAUUUGACCAUUGACCAGCCGAAUAAGGCACCAUGCCAUGGGCAGAAUGUUGUGGUGAUAAGGAAUCUCCAGAGGGGCGAUGAAGAGGUGAAUUUGUGUCGGGAAAAGCGAAAAAAUCGCGAUUUGGACAUGGCAAUGGGUGAUGUGACGAAGCAGGAGCAACUGCCGGUGAUUGUGGACGAGGGGAAACCCAUUCAGUUGACGUGCGCCUUUACAGAUCGCGGGAAUCCCCUGUCGAUCCGUUGGCGCAAAGAUGGGAAGCCCUUCAGAUCGCUCGACAUUAAUAUAAACGAAGAGCUCCCAAUGGGGGACUCUACGGAACUCAGUGGGGAUGUUUCAAUCAUCAGGGAGGAUCCACGUGUUACGGUGUCCAAGGAAGAUGGGCUCCUUAUGUUCGUGGAGUCCGUAGCAACGGAUGAGGGGAACUAUGAUUGCCAAGUUGUAGCCACAGCAUCCAAUGAGCUCAUCUUCUCGAGUCCAAUCUACGACGUUCAAGUGAUUGAGCAGCUGAAAUUCAUGCCACGACCCACGUCGAAGAAUCUCGAAUUGGGCGCCAUGGGGAAGCUCCAUUGCAAAGCUCAGGGAACACCAUCGCCGCAGGUCAAGUGGCGUCGCGAUGGUCCCUUGGGGAUUGAUGAGACGGUUGAUGAUGUGAAUGGGACACUGAUCUUCAGGAAUGUCACGAGCACACACAGUGGGAACUACACGUGCACAGCCAAGAAUCGUCAAGGAGAAAUCCAUGCUACAGUUGCAAUUAACGUGGUCAUGUCUCCACGUUUUCUCGUGGCUCCCGAGGGUCCAGUUCAGGCCGUUGAGAUGGGCACAGCAAUGUUUCACUGCCAAGCUGUUGGGGAUCCCAAACCAACGGUGCAGUGGGAUAAGGAUUUGGAGUAUCUCAGUGUGAAUACCUCAGAGGCGAGUGGACGCUUUAGGCUCUUCCACAAUGGCACGCUAUUUAUCACGGAGGUGCAUCCGGAGGAUGAGGGAAAGUACGGAUGUACGAUAGGGAAUAGUGCUGGUUUGAAGAGGGAAGAGGUGCGCCUGGUGGUUAAAUCUGCUGAGGCAAUGGCAAGUGAAGAAACAUCCGAUGGAUUCAACAUUACAAAGGCUGUCCUCAUUACAAUGUCCUUCGCAGCAGCCUACAUUGUCCUCGUGAUAGCCCUGAUGCUGUGGUGUCGCUACAAGAGGCAGGUGCGGAAGAAUCGUAUGAAUGUGAAUGGGAAGGAGAAUGGGGGUGCCACUGCAGGUGAUGGGGGUGAUCCAGAGGCAAGAAAUGGCGAAGUGGAGCCAUGCCUAAAGCCGAAGGCACUCAAGAAAGCCAAUGGCGUAGCUGGAGGUGAACAUCGGAGCGAUGAUGCUUCAAGUGCACACUCAAAGGGGAGCAAGAAGUCCGUGGAUGAGUACGAGAAGAUUUCCAUACCACGUGCAAGUCUCUUUGAUAUCAUUCCCAUUGGUCGGGGUGAUUUUGGGGAUGUUUUUGUGGGGAAGAUAAAGGAAAGUGAUGUUAGGGUGCAAGAGAAUGGUCGUGUGGACGCCAAAGCGGGUACUGAGAACGAAAAGAGACGCUCAAAGACGUCCAUUGAGGAAUUCAAUGAGAUCAAAGUGGAUGGGAAGAAGGAUGACAGUGCACACAAGUUGGUGCUAAUAAAGGCCCUCAAUAGGGUGAAGGAUGAAGCAGCAUGCGCGGAAUUUAAGCGACAAAUUGAUCUCUUCCGCAGUGUUUCGUACCGAAGUGUAGCCGCCCUCCUUGGGUUGUGUCGUGACAAAGAUCCCCACUACCUGGUGCUGGAGUACACAGAUUGGGGGGAUCUCAAGCAAUUCCUCAUUGCCACAACGGGGAAAGGUGGUGAGGAGAAGAAACCCGCACUGCCACCACUGAAUGUACCCCAAAUUCUCACGCUAGCACAUCUUGCACGCGGUAUGGAUGCCAUCUAUCGCGCAAAAUUCAUCCACAGAGACCUCGCAACGAGGAAUUGUGUCAUUUCGAGUGAUUUCCGCGCCAAGGUGUCUUACCCGGCGCUAAGUCGCGAUAAGUAUGCAAAAGAGUACUUCCGGUAUCGAAAUCAAGUCAUCCCCUUGCGCUGGAUGGCGCCAGAAUGCCUCCAAGAUGACGAUUACUCCACAAAGAGUGACGUCUGGGCGUACGGGGUACUCGUGUGGGAACUCUUCACGCAAGCCCGAGAGAUUCCCUUUGAGACCCUCUCAAAUGAGGUGGUCUUCGCUCAGGCGCAAGCAGCCAAGUUGGAGAUGACGGUGGCAGAGGCAACGCCCGAAUGCCUCAAACCCAUCCUGACAACUUGCUGGGCGACCAGCGCCAAGGAGAGGCCGUCCUUUAGCCAACUCACCGUUGCUCUCGUGAAUGCACUCAAAAAUGAAUGCCCAACCAAAGAAAGCCAAUAAAAUGUGGCUCUUCCAUUUUUUUUUAAACUUAUGACAAGACUUCCGUGAGAAACCUUCCAGAGUGACUGCAAUUUAUUUCUUCCUUUUGAGUCUUCAGCGAGGUACAGAGAAGGUGAGGGGGAUAUUACGUAGUAAUUAAAUAAGAGAUAAUAAUGGUUUUGAAGACGAAACUUUCUUCUGCAGAGAAGUCAAAGUAUAGUCUUACAGAGUGAAGAAGAGUGUGUGGUGUGCGUGAAGAAGUAUUUUGAUGAAACUCAACCGAAUUACUGCCAUAGUGGAAUAUCAAGAAAUUUAUAAUAUUUUACUUAUCAGAAGAAAGCAUUUUUUUCUUAAAAUUCUUCUUCCUUUCAUUUAAAUUAAGAAAAACUUUUGACAUUACUCUUUGUUAUUAUAAAAUUUAUUACGAUAUAAAAAAAACACUGAAAAAUCAGAGAUAAAAAAUGUAUUCUAAUGUUUGAUAGAUUUAUUGAGAGAAAAAUAAGAAGAGAAAUUAAAAUAAAGCGAUUUAUGUGAAUUUGUGAUAAAACUCAUUUUAACACAAAACACAACAUUUUUUUUGAAUAUUUAUAUUAAAUAUUUUGCAUUUAAACGAAAAUAUUUAUAGAAUAAAAUUAAGCGAGUAAAAGUGACUUAAUGGAACUAAGAAAAAAAAUCAGUCCACCUACAACUUUUCAUGGAUGUGAGAGAUUUUUUUUUAAUUGAGAUGAAUCUAUGAUAAAAACAAACAAUUUAUAAAAAAAAAGAAAAUAUGAUAAAACAUCUCUCUUCUCAAUGUGCAACUAAAACUGUGGCUUUUAAUCUUUUUUAUUAUCUAAUAUUUAUAAAAUAAAUAGGUAGAAUUAAUAAAAAAAAACACACCCCCAUCUUUUCUAUCCAUAUUUUAAAAAAUAUAAAAAAAUAUAUAUUUAAAAUUAUGAAAAGACGAGGAUAUUGAUAAAAAAUAAUGUGUAAUUAAGCAAUUUAUACUUCAACAACAAAAUGACUAAAUAUUGUAAAAUGUAAUUUUUAAUAUUAUAUUAUCUUUUACUUAAAAUAAGGUAAGUGCUUUCUCUUUGCAAUUUUCAUGACUAAAAGUAUUUCAUAAAAUAAAUCCAUUUUGUAUAAAAAAAAUGACAUGAAACGUACCAACGAAGAUUUAUCAACUGAAUUUAUACAUUAAAAAAAUAACCUAAAAUAUUAAAAAAAAAAUGCCACAAUUUUUAAAAAUUUUAGCACCUCUUUUCAAUUUUUCUAUUUUUUAUUAGGAUAUUCAUAUCAUUUUAUUAAGGUUAUUUAAUACCUAGUUUAAAAAAAAAUUUAGGAAAGAAACAUCCCAAGUCCUCAAAAAAUCGGUUUCAUUGAUGGAUGGAAAGAAAUUCACAAAAUUAAAAAAAAAAACCUUUUAUAAUAAAAAAAAUUGGAAAAGUGAAUUUUUUUCAUUUAAAAAAAUGCUAAAAUGUUAUUAAAAUAAGUUUUUCUUUAUUAAUGGUUCACAGAGAAAACUACAAGACACUAUAGAGUUGAAACAAGCGUGAAACACUACUAAAUUGAAGAAAUUGAAAAUAGUAUAAAACACUGCAUAUUUAACCCUUUAACGUCCAACGUGAAACAUAAACACGUUGAAACAUGCAAACUUUUAUCGCAAUUUUUAUUCUAUGAAUUUUUUUAGAGGACUUUUCUCACUCAGAACGUCUUCUUUGGCCCCUUAUGCGUGAAUUUGAUGCAUUUGUAACAUGGAAAAACAAUUACAUUCAUAAAUAAUUGAAAAAAUAAAAUGUUUCACGUUUGGGUCAGCGUAUGACCCAAAAAACGUGAAAAAGUUAAGGAUUAAAAACAAGUAUGAAACACUGAAAAAUGAUUAAAAAUAAAUUAAUAUAACAAAUUUAUUAAUUAAUUGAUAGAAACGUAAAACACUGCAAAACCGAAGAAACUCAAUGAAACAUUAAAAAAAAACUUGAUUGAUACAAACGUAAAACACUGCAUACAAAAAAUAUUGUUGAAACAGGUAUGAAAAACCAUGCGAAACUGAAAAAACUGAAUGAAACACUGAAAACUAACAGAAAUAAAAAGGUUUCAAAAUUCUCGUAGAUAAAACACGCUCAAUUUCACUAUAUGGAUUAAUUUUUAAAAAAAAUCCAAAAAAUGUUCUAUAUUAAAAAAAAAUGAUUAGUCUGAUCGAACCUCUGAUUGCACGGAAAAAGAAACUUUCCUGUGAACCAUAAAAUUUCCUUUUCUUCGUAUUUUUCUAGUCAAGAAAAGAAAAACUUUGGAGAGAUUUUUUCUACUUAAAAAAUAUUAAUUAAUUAUAAUUAUGUAUAAGGAAGAAAAAUAUAAUUGAUAAGGCAUUACUUAUGUGGAAAAAAAGAGAGAAAAUGAAAUAAAUGGUUAUCACAUUUGAGUGAAAAAAAA